CGCUCUGGUCCCCUACCGAUGACGCAGAUCCAGCAUGUCUGAGGACGAAAGAUGUUGAGAUUCCUCACCAGAAUUUAUACUUCUGUUCAAACGCAAAGAAACCUCAAAUCUGCCGGUGUGUACCGGAGCCUCUGCUCUGCAUCCUCUCCAGGCUUUGCUCCUAUAAUGGAGCCCAAACUGUACCAGCCCCCUCCCACGGUCCGGGGUAUGACCUCCCUGGACAAAGAGGCCUUCACACAGGCCAUUACAGUGCCAGCUCUGCGGGUACCCACACGGGUAUUAAACAAAGUAGUGAAGAGCCUGAAGAAGUCGACCAUCCAGCGGCCAGGUGUGCCUAGAGUUGUUCAAGACCAAGAGGAAAGCAGUGACUUCCGUUUAGUCCUGUUGGACCCCCACAAAGUGUCCUCGCCGAGCUCCUUCAGUGAGGCUGAAGCCGAGGCCCUGAGGUCCUUCGGUGUCACUGAGGAGCUGCACUACCAUGAGCUGAAGCUGACCUACGACAACCUGAAGAGCGAAGAAGUGCUGGAGGCCGUGCUGCCUCAGGGCCAGGAUGUGACGUCCGCAUUCAGCCGAGUGGGACACAUCGCACACAUGAAUCUGAGGGAGCACCAGCUCCCGUAUAAAAACCUCAUAGGACAGGUGAUCAUGGACAAAACUCCCGGUGUGACCUGUGUGGUCAAUAAAAUAAACAUUAUCGACUCUACUUACCGCAACUUCAAGAUGGAGGUCCUGGCUGGAGAGGAGAACAUGGUCGCCAAAGUAAAAGAAAAUGGGGUGACAUACGAGUUUGACUUUUCUUGUGUAUACUGGAACCCUCGGCUGAGCACGGAGCACCAGCGGGUGGUGCAGCUCAUCAAACGCGGCGACACGGUGUUCGACGUGUUCGCCGGCGUCGGACCCUUCGCCGUCCCAGCCGCCCGCUUGGGUGCCAACAUAAUAGCCAACGAUCUCAACCCGGAGUCGUACCGAUGGCUGCAGCACAACUGCAAACUCAACAAGGUGGAGAGCAAAGUCAGAGCCUUCAAUCUGGACGGCAGAGCGUUCAUCCAGGGACCGUUGAAGCAGGAGCUGUAUGCCCUGCUGAAGGGGAAAGCCGGUAUCCAUGUGGUGAUGAACCUUCCUGCCUUGGCUCUGGAGUUCUUGGACGCAUUUAGAGGCCUCCUGCAUCAGGAACCUCCGUGUGACGAGAACCUACCCACGGUGCACUGCUAUGGCUUCUCCAAAGACAACGACCCCGACUCGGACGUGGUGGCGAGAGCUUCCCGCAGCCUCGGAUUCCCCCUGGAGGGGCGAUGCUCUGUGCAUUUUGUGCGCAACGUAGCACCCAACAAAGAUAUGAUGUGUGUGAGAUUCCCUCUCCCUAAAGAAGUCCUGUUCUGCAGUGACGACGAGAACACAGAGCCUUCAGAGGAACCAGCCCCAAAGAGACAAAAGUGUGAGGAAACUGCAAAUUCAACGUAAUGAUCGCGUCGACCUGGAACACCAGGAAACAUUUUAGUUUGCUAUUUUUAAUAAUUUUUUUCCUCAUUAUAGAUGUCACAUCACGUCAUAAGAAAUUAUGGCUCAGUUCAAUAAAUUAUUGCUUGUGUACCAACUUUUUUUUUUUUCUAAUCGGUAUUAUUCUGAGCCUGAGCUGUUUCAUUUUUAAAUAAAUCUGUGUAAUGAAUGCUGCACA